AGUGUUCCUUGGCUCUCAUCAUCCCAGAGCGGCUCCAGCCCUUCCUUCCAGGCACUUCCUUCCUUCCUCCUCAGUAUUGGGCUGCUGGGAGGGCUGUGAGGAUAUAAAGUUGGGGCAGAGUGAGAAAUGACACAGACUUGUAUUAGCGGAGCUCUCAGAACUUCUCCGCUCCGCUCUUUAGACUUUGCGCUGCGCCAGGCACCCCGCUCCGCGCCCCGCUCCUCCUCUCCUCCAGCGCAACAUGCGGUCCCUCUGCCUCCUGUGGGCUCUGCUCGCCCUGGCACAGUCGGCUCCUGUGGAUGAAGUCAGCUCCACCUCGGAGUUCGUAUGCCUGGACACAGACUGCUACUCCAUAUCCUGGGAGAAGAAGAAAUUUACUAAAGCCAAGACUGUGUGCGAAGCGAGGAACGGGCAGCUGAUGACAGUGCGGAACUCGGUGCAGGCAGAUGUCAUCUCUAUGUUUCUCCUGAAAGGAGAGAAGGAGGUCAAGGUCUGGAUAGGACUGGAACAGCCCUUUAAAAAUCGAUGUACAGAUGUCUUCAAGCCUCUGAGGGGCUUCACAUGGGUGAGUGGAGACAGUGAUACAGACUACACCAACUGGAGGGGCCCUGGGGAGAAGAAGUGUGGGGCCCAAUGUGUCACUGUCCACAAGGAUGGCACUUGGGGAGAGACUGACUGUGAUUCCAAGGCUGAUGGGUACUUGUGUGAAUUAAAUUAUAAAGAUUUGUGCAACCAACUUAACCUGAUACCAGACUUGAACAUCACGUAUUCGCACACGUCCCUUGGCCUUGGCCGUAGUGGGGGUUAUGUUUUCCCACUGGGCACCCAUGCCCACAUAUCCACCAUUCAGGACUCUCUGCAAUGCACCAGAGAUGGUGAUGGGCCAAUGCAAUGGAGGCGUCUAACCCCAGGACCUUGGGAUUGCAGUAUAGAGAAUGGGGGCUGCGAGAAUGAUUGUGUGGUGGAAGACGGCACCCCUAAAUGUACAUGCCCCCCAGAGACACAACUGAAAGAAGAUAGCCGGACUUGUGUCGAACCGUGUCACCCCAACCCUUGUAGUCAACUUUGUUCUCCAAUAUCCGACUCGCCCGGAUUCAUUUGCAUAUGCCUAGAGGGCUAUAAUCUUCUAGAUGAUGGAAGGACUUGUAUAGAUAUCGACGACUGUGCGGACAAACCCAACAUCUGCGACCACCACUGUACCAACACCAUCGGUAGCUUCGUCUGUGGCUGCAAACCUGGAAUGGAUUUGGUGACCACCCCCGACUGUGAUAACGCAGACGGGUGUCCAUCGGAAUGUGUGGACAUCAACGAGUGUGAAGGUCCAACGGCCCUGUGUGAGCAGGACUGUGAAAACUUCGAGGGGGGCUACCGGUGUUUCUGCUUCGAAGGCUUUGUGGUGGACAAGCAAAACCCCAACAAGUGCAAAAGGUUCUGCAACACUUCCAGCUGCAAGGCCGAGUGCGACCACAACGACAUGCACAAAUGCGAGUGUCCAGAUGGCUACAUAGUGGACCAGGACGAUGACGAGAAGACCAUCUGCACUGACGUCGAUGAAUGCGAGAAUAACCCUUGCGACUAUGGCUGUACCAAUUUAUUUGGGUCCUAUAAAUGUACCUGUCCGGAGGGUUAUAUAGUCCAUGGCGCCGAAUGCAAAUCUGAGGGCAAACGCAAGCCUCCUCCGCCAGAUAUCCACAGCCUACAGCCGGCCAUGUUGCUGGGGAUAUGCAUUGGAGUUAUAUCCAUAUUAACUGUCCUGAUAGCCAUCCUGUGCCACAUGCUGAGGAAGCACUACAUGGAGCAGCAUGCCUUGGACUACAAGACGAAACAAUCUGAGUCAGAUGUCAGACUGCAGCAAGUGAAGACAGAUGCACAGAGGAAAUAUUAAUGCCAUAGACUCUUCUUCAUACCUGGAACUUAUAGACUAUACCAUGCUGCCUCUGGGUACAGUGAGUAGAUAUAGCUAAAAACUUUGGCCCUAAAGGGCAACCAAAAGGCAAAACUCCAUCGGGUUUUUAUUGCCGUCACCUUCUCUAGUGACCUGAAAACCAGAAUGAGUGAAAAUCCCAAAUUUGGUGGUCACCAGAAGAGGAAUAGAGGGGAAACCUUCAGAUGGGGACACUAGUUCUGGUGACA